UCACCAUGCAUACUGGGCACCCACCAUGAGAAAGGGGCGCAGACCUUCUGGUCUGUGGUCAAUCGGCUGCCACUCUCCAGUAAUGCAGUGCUCUGCUGGAAGUUCUGCCACGUGUUUCACAAACUCCUCCGUGAUGGACACCCCAAUGUCCUGAAGGACUCUCUGAGAUACAGGAAUGACUUGAGUGACAUGAGCAGGAUGUGGGGGCACCUGAGUGAGGGGUACGGCCAGCUUUGCAGCAUCUACCUCAAACUGCUGAGAACGAAGAUGGAGUACCACACCAAAAAUCCCAGGUUCCCAGGCAACCUACAGAUGAGUGAUCGACAGCUGGAUGAGGCAGGAGAAAGUGAUGUUAACAACUUUUUCCAGUUAACAGUAGAGAUGUUUGACUACCUGGAGUGUGAACUAAACCUCUUCCAAACUGUAUUCAACUCCUUAGACAUGUCACGCUCCGUCUCAGUGACAACAGCUGGGCAAUGCCGCCUAGCACCACUGAUCCAAGUCAUAUUGGACUGCAGCCACCUCUAUGACUACACUGUCAAGCUUCUCUUCAAACUCCACUCCUGCCUCCCAGCUGACACUUUGCAAGGCCACCGGGACCGCUUCAUGGAGCAGUUCACAAAGUUGAAAGAUCUGUUCUACCGCUCCAGCAACCUACAGUACUUCAAGCGACUCAUUCAGAUCCCCCAGCUGCCUGAGAACCCACCCAACUUCCUGCGAGCUUCAGCCCUAUCAGAACACAUUAGCCCUGUGGUGGUCAUCCCGGUGGAAGCCUCAUCACCUGACAGUGAGCCAGUCUUAGAGAAGGAUGACCUCAUGGAUAUGGAUGCCUCCCAGCAGAAUUUAUUUGACAACAAGUUUGAUGACAUCUUUGGCAGCUCAUUCAGCAGUGACCCCUUCAAUUUCAACAGUCAAAACGGUGUCAACAGGGAUGAGAAGGACCACUUAAUUGAGCAGCUGUACAGAGAGAUCGGUGUGCUGAAGGCACAGCUGGACAACAUGAAGACUGAGGGCCAGCGGGCUAUGUUGCAGCUGAAGGGCCGUAUCAGUGAACUGGAUGCUGAGCUGGCAGAGCAGCGGCACCUGCGGCAGCAAGCAGCCGAUGACUGCGAGUUCCUCCGGGCAGAGCUGGAUGAGCUGCGCAGGCAGCGGGAGGAUACCGAAAAGGCUCAGCGGAGCCUGACAGAGAUAGAGAGGAAGGCCCAGGCCAAUGAACAGCGGUACAGCAAGCUAAAGGAGAAGUACAGCGAGCUUGUUCAGAACCACGCUGACCUGCUGCGGAAGAAUGCAGAGGUGACCAAACAGGUGUCUAUGGCCAGACAAACCCACAUAGAUCUGGAACGAGAGAAGAAAGAGCUUGAGGACACCUUGGAGCGUAUCAGUGAGCAGGGCCAGCGGAAGACUCAAGAACAGCUAGAAGUUCUAGAGAGUUUGAAGCAAGAACUUAACACCAGCAAAGUAGAGCUCCAGGUCCUCCAAAGCAGCCUAGAAACUUCUGCUCAGUCAGAAGUAAAAUGGGCAAACCAGAUUACUGACCUGGAGAAGGAGCGGGCCAACCUGGUGAGUGCUGCAGUUUCUCGGGAGAAGGAAUUAUCUGCCCUCCAGGAACAGCUAAAGUACACCCAACUCAAACUGGCCAGUUCACAGGAGUCUGUACACCAGCUCAAGAAAGAUCAUCGAAAAAGGGUUCUGAUGGAGACUAGGAAGGCUGCGGAGCAAGUGAUACAAGAGGCCCUGAACCAGCUUGAAGAACCCACUCUCAUCAGCUGCGCUGGGUCUGCAGAUCACCUUCUCUCCACAGUCAAGUCUGUUUUUAGCUGCAUUGAGCAACUGGAUAAAAGCCGGAGCCAGUAUCUGGCCUGCCCAGAAGAUAUCAGUGGGCUUCUCCAUUCAGUAACCCUGCUUGCACAUUUGACCAGUGACACCAUCGCUCACGGUAGCACCACCAGCCUUAGAGCCCCACCAGAGCCUGCUGACUCCCUGGCAGAGGCCUGUAAGCAGUAUGGCAGGGAAAUUCUCGUCUACCUGGCCUCCCUGGAUGAAGAGGCCUCCCUGGAGAAUGCAGACAGCACAGCCAUGAGGAACUGCCUCAGCAAGAUCAAGGCCAUUGGCGAGGAGCUCCUGCCCAGGGGCCUGGACAUCAAACAGGAAGAGCUGGGAGACCUGGUAGACAAGGAGAUGGCUGCCACUUCAGCUGCCAUUGAAAUCGCCACAGCCAGAAUUGAGGAGAUGCUCAGCAAAUCCCGAGCAGGAGACACAGGAGUCAAAUUGGAAGUGAACGAAAGGAUCCUUGGUUCCUGUACCAGCCUAAUGCAAGCUAUUCAGGUGCUGAUUGUGGCCUCUAAGGACCUCCAGAGAGAGAUUGUGGAGAGCGGCAGGGGUACAGCAUCCCCUAAAGAGUUUUAUGCCAAGAACUCUCGGUGGACAGAAGGACUCAUCUCAGCCUCCAAAGCUGUGGGCUGGGGAGCCACUGUCAUGGUGGAUGCAGCUGAUCUGGUGGUCCAGGGCAAAGGGAAAUUUGAGGAGCUAAUGGUGUGUUCACAUGAAAUUGCUGCUAGCACAGCCCAGCUUGUGGCUGCAUCCAAGGUAAAAGCUGAUAAGGACAGCCCCAACCUGGCCCAGCUGCAACAGGCCUCUCGGGGAGUGAACCAGGCCACUGCCGGGGUUGUGGCCUCAACCAUAUCUGGCAAAUCACAGAUUGAGGAGACAGACAAUAUGGACUUCUCAAGCAUGACACUGACCCAGAUCAAACGCCAAGAGAUGGAUUCCCAGGUUAGGGUGCUAGAGCUAGAAAAUGAAUUGCAGAAGGAGCGACAAAAACUGGGAGAGCUUCGGAAAAAGCACUAUGAGCUUGCUGGUGUUGCCGAGGGCUGGGAAGAAGGAACAGAAGUGUCUCCACCUGCACUGCAAGAAGCGGUAACCGAAAAAGAAUAGAGCCAAACUGACACCCAUGCGUCAGAGUGUAAAUCAUUGUUACCCAUUUAUGCGUUUGUUAUUUCCCCAGCCACAGACCAAAUUUGUGAUAUCCCCAUGGCAGCCCUGCCACUCCCAUUGCCCAGCUGAGGACCUGCAUGAUCCUUCUAAAGGCUCCCUCCACAGUGACACCCUUUCUGUUUGAACCCACAGUCUGUGUUCUUCCCCUGCCUCCCUAGUAUCCAGGCCACCCCUGAGCAAUCUCAGGUCCAAAGAGGAGGGGACAGGCCAUGUACCAGAGAGGUCUGCCUACUUUUAAUCCUCACAACAAUUGGUGUCCUUAUUAGAGGGGUUUCUUGGUGUCGUCAAGAGCUUGGAGAAGGACAGUCUUAAGCAUUUUCUUUUCUGUUUUCUUCUUAGUCUUUUCAGUUUCAUCAUUUGCACAAACUUGUGAGCAUCAGCGGGCUGGUGGCUUCCAAACCAGGACACUAGCCUGCAUCUGCACAGUCAGAAGAACAGCAGGAGUGUCCUGCCGGAGACUGCCAAGGCAAUGCUACCCCUCUUUUGGCAGUUCCUGGAUUCCCACUGCUUCUUACGGUGGUCAGUUGGG